CCGAGGCCGCCGGUGUUCACGUGGACGGACACGGAGCCUGGAGCGGGUGGAACCGGCGGGGCACGGCUGACUGUCCCCGAUGAGGCAUAAGGAGAAGCGGCUUCUGCAGGCGGUCGCUCUGGUACUGGUGGCCCUGGUCUUCCUGCCCAACAUGGGGCUGUGGGCUCUGUACUGCGAGCGGCAGCCCGACGGCAUGCCUGGGAGGUCGGGAGCGGCUGGUCCCCAUGGUGGGACAGGCCUUCCCAGGAGUGAAGUACUGUUGAAGGAGUCUUCUCAGGACAGCCUCUACAGUGAGCCUUUGGCUGGGGAGAGAGGAUUCCCAAGAUCUACCCUCUGAACCUUGCACUUCUUUUGUCUCUGGACCAGUGUGUUGCCUGUGAUCAUUUAGUCCAGAGCCUAAUUUAGGCUCCAGUAUAGCCACGCGCUUCUGCCACUAUAGUAUGUAU